CGUGACCUUCAGGGCUCAAGAUGGCGACUUCCAGGGAGGUGAAAACCCGCGUUUGAGGACAGGAAAACCAAGUACCUGAGAGAGAGACAGUGCUGGACCUGAGUCUCUGACAGGGAGGUGGGAAAAGGAGAGGUGUGUCGUUUUCAGGGCUGCUUCUAGCGAUUUCGCGCCCCACCAUCUUCUCACCUCCCCGCAUCCUGAGUGGACAGUGAGUCUCAAGCCCAUUCUGGACACUGGGUCACUGACACCUGCCCCUUCCUCGGGGGCUAGGGGUUGUCACCAGGCUGUCGGACGCAGCGAGAACUCCACAAGCAGCUUCCGACCAGUCGCUUUUUUUUUUUUUUUUGGCAAACCUCUCCCCUCGGGUUUGGAGAGAAAGGGUUCCUGUCACCUUUUCAUCCAUGAUCCAAAUCCCUACCCCUUUGGAAGGGAAACAUAGCAGCGCUGGCCCAACCUGAGGGUAGUCGAAUGGCUGCAGCCAUGACCAGCAAAGCCAUGCUGGGGGAAGCUGCCAUUGUGUUUAUAGUGGUGCUGAGUAUCCACGCCUCAGUAUGGGACCGCUAUUCCUGGUGCGCUGUGGCCCUAGCAGUUCAGGCCUUCUAUGUCCAGUACAAGUGGGACAGGCUGCUCCAGCAGGGGGCUGCAGUCUUUCAGUUCAGGACCACAGCUAACAGCGGCCUCCUGCCUGCCUCCAUGGUCAUCCCUCUGCUGGGGGUGGUGAUGAAGAAGUGCUGUGAGGGCGCAGGAAAUGUCUACUUUGAGCGCUUUGGUGUUGUGGUGGCAGCCACAGGCAUGGCAUUGGCUCUGUUCCUGUCCGUAUUGGCACUGGGCAUCACCAGGCCAGUGCCCACCAACACUUGUGUCAUCUCUGGUCUGGCUGGAAGUGUCAUCAUCUACAUCAUGAAACACUCAUUGAGUGUAGCAGAGGUGAUUGAGGUCCUCGAGGUCCUGCUGAUCUUUGUCUAUCUCAACAUGAUCCUGCUCUACCUGCUACCCCGAUGCUUCACCCCAGGGGAGGCAUUGCUCAUCCUGGGGGCCAUCAGCUUUGUCCUCAACCAGCUCAUUAAGCGAUCCUUAAAUGUUAUCCAAGGCCGGGGAGACCCAGUAGACUUCUUUCUCCUAGUGGUGGUGGUAGGGAUGGUUAUCAUGGGUGUCUUCUUCAGCGUGCUCUUUGUCUUCAUGGACUCUGGAACCUGGACAUCUUCUCUUUUCUUCCAUCUAAUGACAGGUGUGCUGGGCCUUGGUAUCAUCAUGCCCUGGUUGUACCACUUAAUCCGGGAGAACCCCUUACUCUGGCUUUUCCAGUUCCUAUUCCAGUCAGAAACUCGUAUCUACCUCCUCAUUUACUGGUCCCUGCUGGCUGCUUCAGCCUGCCUAGUUGUGAUGUACCAAAAUGCUAAGAGAUUGUCUUCUGAGUCAAAGAAGCAUCAGGCUUCCACAAUUACCCGGAAGUAUUUCCACUUCAUCAUAGUGGCUACUUAUAUACCAGGACUAAUAUUUGACCGACUCCUACUAUAUGUUGCAGCUGUGGUCUGCCUAGCUGUCUUUAUCUUCCUUGAGUAUAUCCGCUUCUUCCGAAUUAAGCCUUUUGGCCAGACCCUGAGGAACCUGCUCUCCCUCUUUCUUGAUGAAAGGGACAGUGGCCCUCUCAUCCUGACUCAUAUUUACCUGCUGCUGGGCAUGUCUCUCCCCGUCUGGCUAUUCCCAAGACCUUGUGCCCCAAAGGGUAGCCUGGGAGGUAUUGGAGCUCUGGUCCCUUAUGCAGGAGUGCUGGCUGUGGGAGUAGGUGACACCAUUGCUGCCAUUUUUGGCAGUACAGUGGGGGAGAUCCAUUGGCCAGGAACUCUAAAGACUUUUGAGGGGACAAUGACUUCCAUAUUUGCUCAAAUCAUUUCUGUGGCUUUGAUCUUAAUCUUUGACAGUAGGGUGGACCUUAAUUCCAGCUAUGCUUGGAUUUUGGGGUCUAUCAGCAUAGUCUCCCUACUGGAAGCCUACACUACCCAAAUUGACAAUCUUAUUUUACCUCUCUACCUCCAGAUUCUGCUGAUGGCUUAGCCUUCAUGCAGAGAUCAUGAUGGGAGGAAGUGAGUUCAAGGGAAACAUGGCCUACAGUCAGCAAAUAGCCAUUUGGGUAUGAUGGGUCAGGUGGUGAAAAGCUUAUUCAUUUUUGCAGUGAAUUGAGAUUUAAAAUAAAAUCAAAGCUGCUUUUGAAUUUUAGCUCUGUUGAUUUAAAAAUAAGGUAACAUUUCAAAUGAAGGAAUUGGAAGGACAUACCAUUUAGAGUUUCCAAUGGAAGUGUAUUCUUUUUUUUAACAUUUAAUUUUUAUUAUUUUUUUCCUCAAUUACAUGGAAGCACAAUCUUCACAGAGAUGGGGCUCAUUCAGAGGGCUGGAGAUGUAUUUUUGUGAAAAAUCAAAACCCCAGCCUUGAAAAAUAGCUUCUUGUCUUGAAUAAUUUAUACUUAAUAAUUUAGAAUUGUGAAAACUAUUUUGUUUACUAAACUUGAUUUUUGCAGGAGAAAAGAGUGGAGGAAGAAGGUUUUCAUAACCUUUAUGAGAAUAUUUUAACUGGGUAAAGGGGGAGAAAAGUGCAAAAGAGUGAAUGAGGAAAUAGUUGAGUUAAUGCCAUUUAUUUCUCCUAAGUGGGUCAUAGUGUGCAAUGUCAGAACUGGAUUAGUUAACAGCUGGUUACUUGGAAACUAGGAGCACCUCCAGGGGUGGAAGUGGGUAGCAGAGAAACUAAGGGAAGAUAUUAGAUAUUGGGGGUCAGUUUUGAAGAAUGGAGAAGCUGGGGAGUACUCUAGAACAGAGGUCCCAAUCACAGGGUUGUAACGCAACUCCUGCGUGAAGCCUGAACCAAAUUAAAGUGUAAUUGGAAAAUAUUUAACAAAGUCAAUAAAUACAAUAAAACACAGAUGAUGUGAAUGCAUGGUUUUCUAAGUCUAUCUGGCCCACAGGGAUCAUUAUGUCCAGUUUAAUGGCCCCUGUUUCUAUUUGAAUUUGACACCCCUGAUCUAGAGCUAUGCAUCCUGACCUAAGUGAUAAUCAUGAACCAGUCAAAUAAAUAAAAUUUCUACAGAGCCUACUGCAACCUCUUAGCAACUCAAAGGGCAGGGGCCCAUGAGCUAGGGUGGAAAAGAAGGCAGGGGAAAUGGAAACAGCUUUUUCAAGAUUAUAGAAUUUGGGAAACACGGUCCUUUUACAGUAAAUGUUUUGCCACAAAUCGUUAAUAAAUUCUGGUUAAAGAUGAGAUCCUAAAUAUCACUUAGGAUCACUUGCCACCUUUCCAUCCCCUCCUCCCCUGUGGAGCUCCUCCCCUUCCUUCAUAGCUGUUUACCAGAGAUGCCAAUAGGAGAGAAGAGGGCAAGCUGAGAGUAUGUAUGAGUAGGUGACUUUGAGGCUUCCAGCUUUCCUCCUGUUCCAGCUCCAGCAGAAUACAGCAUCUUUGCAUUUAUCUUAUCUCAGGCAGCAUCCUACCCUUGGCAACAGGAAGGGUGCUACCACAGGGGACCAAAUUUCUCAGGACAAGAACCAUGGGAGGGUGGAAGGUCCUCUCCCUGCCCUUGAAGAGGACCAGUGUCUUCUCCUUUGGCUAUGUUGUCAAUCCUGGCCCAAAUAAAGCUCUUUCCUGUAAGCUGGGCAGAAAGAUGGCUGUAUUUUGUGUGUUCUAAAGGGAGCAGAAGAAAAGCAAGAAGGGUGAGCCAAAAGUCACAAAGGGGUCUGAUGUUUUAAUAACUUUUAGAAAAUUAUUUUCAAAUAAUUUAUGCUAUUUGCGAGAUUUUACCCCUUUGUGACUUUUGGCCCAUGCUGAAUAUGUAGCCAGGAAGCUAAGCUAAGGACCCAGUUUGUAGUAAUGUUUGUUGAAUUUUUGUGGUGUCACUUUGAUUAGUGACUUACAGUGUGUGACUAGAAAUCAUCUGAG